UGAAGGGUUAAAAACAAAAAUUAGAAUGGUCGGGGAAAUAAAAAUGAAGCUAUCCCAUUUCUUCUCCGGUUGCUGUUGCUUCCAAUGUUCUCAAUUCUGCUGCUUUAAUGGCCACAACUCACAAAACCCAGGUUUUGUUUAUUUGAAACUGACCCACUUCUAAAUAUGGACGCUUUGACCACUACUCUUUGCAAGUCCAUCGAAGCUUUAGGGCGCGGUUUUGAUGUCACCGCCGAUAUUCGUCUUCUUUACUGCAAGGGAACACCAGGGUCGAGGCUGGUUCACCUCAAUGAUACCCACACCAGGGAUCUUGUUCUCUCUGAUGGGCUUGUGGUUCUCAAUGUGCCUGAUGAUGUUCAGUGUUCUUCAGAAUCCAGGGUAACCGAAAACCUCCCUGUUUGCAGCUUCCACAAGUUGAGUUUAAAUCGGUAGAGCAUGGGCUCCUGAACAAACUAACCUGCAAAGAAAAGAGCCCUUUUGUCCAUCACUUCAAUUCAGCUUGAUGGGUCCGAAGCUUCAGAUUAGCCCGAUCAGGUAUUCGCCAUCUCCAUUAUUCUACUGGCUUCAAAAUGAGUGUGACCUUGUUAAAUCUAAUGGUUCUGCUGAUGAAGUAGAUCACAGUUGGCCGUAAACCUGUAACUGGUCUUAGGCUCAACCUUGAAGGCAGCAAGCAGAAUCGACUUGCUAUCCAUCUCCAACAUCUGGU